AUGGCUUCCUACGUCUUGUUGUUGUUGUUGUUGUCACUUCUUCACGUCGCUACCGCUUUCGACAAGGCUUACCGCCUAUAUGCGCAGCAGUGGAAUGGAAGCGUAUCUUCAGAACUACGAUCGGUUCAAGGCGGACUGGGAGCGUUCGACCAUCAAAAGAUUCUACCUUAUCCGAAUAGUAAAAGUUUUGACUGGUGGUACUUUGAUGCGGUAUCGACUUCCUCGGACAACGAGUCUGUUGUUAUUAAUUUCCUGGAGGCUGGGGACUAUGCCGUGACACCGCAAAUAAGUGGUAGUCUGAUCAUCUCGAUCGUAGGAACAUUCAAGAAUGGGACAAGCUACUCGUCUGGUGGACUCGCAUCAUAUGGGGCGAACAUCACUACGAAUGAUAAGAGUAUUGCAAGCCAAUGGAAGGGACCCGGCAUGAAUAUGGCUUUUGAGGGCUAUCUAGACCCAAAGGAUAAUAAAGUGUCUUAUAACGUGACGCUCGAUUACUCUGCUGCAGGAAUUUCCGGUUCGUUGCUGUUACGUGCCAGAGCGCCCCCGCGAUAUCCUUGCGAUCCUAACGUCCUCGGUGUGACGGAAGAAGUUUCCCCUGGCUUGGGCUGGGCCAAUGCGAUUCCUGAUGCCGAUGCCACACUAGACCUGACUAUAGGGGGAGAGCACGUGAAGUUUACUGGAAAUGGAUACCAUGACAAGAACUGGGCUGAUCGCCCGUUUACGGAACUACUGGACUUCUGGUACUGGGGACGCGCUCGCGUUGGUCCGUAUUCUCUAGUUUGGUUUGAUCUGAAAGUACCAGAUGGGGGACAUCACCGGUCGGGAUAUAUCUCGAAGGACGGUGAAGAUAUUUCUAUCAGCUGCACAGAUACUUCAGCAACAGUCAUACCGUGGGGCACUAACAGCGAAUACACCCCGAAGCCAACUACCGGUCCGCCAGAAGGUAUCACCGUCUCAUUCGAUAUCGGCGAGAAGGGUACUUUCGUUGCCAACAUCACCACUCAGCUACUAUUGGCAGACUUCCACAGCUACCAAAGAUAUAUAGGUCCGGCAACUGGUGGCUUUGAGAACGGAGAGAUCUUUACCGGAAAAGCUCUAUAUGAAGUAAUGCAUCUGGCCUCAUCAGACGUUGGGUUGAGUUCGAACUAUUCGUAUUAG